AUGUUGUCUCAAUUUCAAUUCCUCGAUCAUGCGCACGAUUCGACGCGGUCAGUCUAUUCACUCAGCUCCUCACCGUCCACCGAGUCCUAUCACAGUUCUGCCUUCCCUUACACAGAAGAAUCUGACGACGGCAGACCGACGCACACAGGUUAUCCGCGUAUGCCUACACCCACUCAGUUGGACUUGGUCGAUCCAGUAUACGCCUCUAGCAUGCAUUCCGAUGAGACCGGAUUUGAACAGUUUCCCGUAUUGGGCAGUCCAAGUCUGUUAUUCUACGACCCGGAUUCACAACAUCUUCUCGAAUCCUGCAUACAGUCCACAUUGACCGAGGAUGAAAAUGUCCCGUCGAACAGUUUACUUGCACUGGAAUCCAUAGAAUCAUCACCACCUCAAACUUCCGCUUCACCGCCUCCCUCACCACAGACGUUGGCAACAUCAUGCGACCAGGCAGCAGCAACGGCAGCAACCGUCCACCCAGUGGCCUGUUCGUCUCCCACCGACCACUGUCUGAUAUCGGACAAGCAAUCCUCGCAGCCUGAGCGUCCAACUCGACCACACUCCCUCGCAUUCCGAGCACUAAUCGAUUCGCCCAAAUCAAACGGUCUUUUGAGUCAGACCAAUGAUAUGCCAUUGUCUUUCAACAACCCGUUUUUCGGUCUAGAAGAGCAGUUGGCCAGUGCGGAUAUCGCUUGGAUGGGAGCAUUGGAUAUACCAAAUAUCUGUCUGGACGAGGUGGACAAACUGCUUUCGCCCACAUCGUGCAUCACCUCACCAGUUGGUGAUGCCGUAACUUCGGUAAUCGGAUCCGCAAGUACACGUGCUUCCCAAAGACUUUGUUUACGCAAAACCAAUUGUCAUUAUACUGAAGUAACCUGUCCAUCCAACUCGGACCGAACGAUGGAGCAGCCAUCGGGACCGGACGAUUCUGACUCAAUCGAAUUCCAGUCACGUAUCCCGGACUCAUCUAAACGCAUUCCGAACGAGCUGGCCGAUUCCGAUAGUACACUGACUUGUUCCGAAGCGGAAUACUAUAGCAACUGGAUCCAGUUGCACGGAACGAGAACUCGUAGAAAACGGGUACGGCCGUCACGUUUACGGCGUCGAGAGCGUUGGGAAACAGAAACCGAGGGCGAUACCGAUACCGAUUCAGGGACAGAUGAACCUCGUGAAUGGAAUCCGCAGCUGUUGAAGCGUUUGUCCACGACGGGGACACGUCGAAGUGCUGUCCCACACAUGCACCGGAGGCAGUCCAAAUCCACUUCGGAUGAAGAUUUGAAACCAUGGUGGCCAAAAACAAACACUCCCUUUUGGACUGGUUGUGGUAUCAGUGUUGAUAUUCCGGAUUCGGUAGAUGAAGUGAGUUCCUCCGAUGGCAGACCUUCGUUGAUUGGAGUGGAAGAUGAUCAACUGAUGUGUUGCACGUCCGAUCCCGAUGGAACACCUCGAUCAAACGACUCUGGUUGUUCGUGUAGUAUGAAUUCCUCACCCAGAACUGGGACUUCGAAAGUCCCCGGAACAUCGAUAAGCUCUCUGACACACAACUACAAUCAAACCAACCAUAAUACCACUAAUAACGCAGGUGGUAAUACCUCCAGCAAUUAUCAUCACAAAUUCAAAUCUAAAUCUUCUGCUCAUUCCAUGUCUGACCGACUUGGAGUCGAUGCCAAGUGUCAUCAACCGAUUUGGCGAGCCCGCCGACGACGGAAGCAAUUGGAACUGUGGCAAUUUAUUUUGUGCAAAUUGGAAACAAGCAAACAGUCCGCAUUUCGGUGGGUGAAUCGAUCGGCAGGAGUAUUUUGCAUCACAGACACUAUAGCUGGAGCGCGUGAAUGGGGGCGAUAUCGAAAUAACAGUCGAAUGGAUUAUGAGAAAAUGGCUAGAGCUAUGAGAUUCUACUACAAAGACUCUAUUUUACGCAAAUCCAGACAACAACUCCACUUUCAGUUUGCCAUGUCCUACGUGGAAUGGGCCUCACGAUUCUAUCAUUCCGCUUGA